AUGAAUGAAAUAAAUUUCCAACUAAUUCCGCAACAAAUUGAACCCAUCUGUAAAAAUAUUCACGAAUUAGCGGGAUUCUCUGAUAUCAUGCUUUAUCCACAUCCAUAUUACCUUUCAAAUAAUUAUGAAAGCAAUAUUCAAGAUGUUGGUAACGUAAUGUACCCACCAUUUAAUUAUAUGUACAAUCGGCCUAUCAUAUCUCAAAACUUUAACCAAGGUUUUGACGUUAUUACCGAAACUUUUGAAAGUGGAAGUUCCCAAUCUGGCGAAAGUUGUGAAGAAGCUAAAAUAACAAAGAAAAAUAAAGUACCUUGUAAAUGGGACAAUCGUUCAACAAAUUUGUUGCUUUCAUAUUUGAAAGAACAUAAGAAAAAUGUUCUAAAACUAUGCUGCCGUGGUUCUACAGCAGGAAAAGCUAGAGUGAAUCUUUGGAAAGGUGCUUCUGAUAUGCUACGCGAAUAUGGCUACAACAAUUUUUCUGAGAAACAGUGUUCAACUAAGUGGAAAAAUAUGAAACAGUUUCAUAAAGUAAAUUUAUUUCCUUUUAAUAAAAAUAAUUGGCUAAAUUGGUAUUAA